AUGCCGCCACUAAACGAUAGUGAACAGCACGAGCGUAUGCUCACUGCUCUCCGGCGAGGAAUUCACGAUCUGCGCUCCAAGCCAGAGAAUCGCAUGCUGGUAAUUGAACGGUUGAACGCAAUUUCUCGUCUGGCACGCAUCUGUGUACAGGUCGGGAAGGACGCUCGUUUCACCCGGCUUUGUGACACCCUUCAGAGAGAAAUGCCACGCCAAAUCGCUUUGCUCAAGAGUGAUAUAAAUAGUAAUCUUAUAGUUGCAAAUGCGCUCGCCCAAAUGAUCCUUGAAUCGUCCACGUUUACUCGCUCUAUCGUUGUUUUUAAUAGCGAGGAUGAGACCGACGAGCAAAGUGAGUUGGAUCCCAGCGAUGAUAACUAUAUUGCACGAUUGCUUCUUGGUUCGAAAUGGGCUAAAGAGGUAGUUGACCUUCCGGAAGAGCCAUAUAAGAUGCCUGAGGUGUUUGGAAGCGCUCGUGAAGAUGAAGCUGAGAUGGAUCCCAGCCAUGAUGACCAUAUUGCGCGCCUGCUGCUUGGUCCGAGCUGGGCUACUCCGAUAGCUGAUUUUGCUGAGGAGCCAUACAAGGGGAAGAAGGCGGCGGGUAAGUGA